AUGUAUGGGCGCAAUCUGAAAUCUGAAUCCUGUAUAUUAAAGCAAGCAUAUCAACGGCAACAAAAGCAGAGAUUUUCCUUUCGGUUAUGUCCACCUGCAAGUACUGCAUUCGGGGCCAAGGCCAAAACCCAGAAGGCAAGGAAGGAUGGCCCCAGAGCUUUGAUUGCGAGAACUUCCACAGCCACCGGCAAACAAGCUGAGGCAGUCAGGAAUAGGAUUAUGAUCCAUGCUAAUUACAAGCUAUUGUCUUCUAAGGAGUAA